UUGAUGCUUAAUAUUCGCCCGUCAUUGACUCCAUUUAUCAAACGGAUAUUUGUUACUACAACAUUCAGUUGUCUUUGUCAAAUCCAAGCCUUGAGAUUAUCUAUCUUCUCAGUCGAACAAUCUGGAUAUCCCUCCAAAACCACAUUUAGCACCUGUACUACUAUUGAAUGAAAUUCAAUGACCGCCCCAGCGUCCAUCCAAGCAGCAACACUGCGGCGUUUCAUCUCCGCCUGGGAGAAAUGGGACGCCCAGGAAUGGAUCUCCACCUUCUCCGACGAUUUUCAACAAGUCACCCUUCCCCACAGCCUGAAUAUCCCCGUUCGUUCACGCAAGGAAGUGGAGAUCGUUCUUCCUGCUCUCGUCGCAACCGUGAGGUCAUACCAGCUGCAAAUUCACCACGUCAUCCAUGAUCCAGAACACCACAAGGCGGUGGUGUAUGCUGCGUCUACGGGGAAACUUCCGUGGGGAGACUGGAACCUCGAGUACGCGGCUUUUCUUACAUUUACCGAAGACGGAAGGAAGAUUGCGAGACUCGAGGAGAUGCUCGAUACCGCGUUUUUGCAAGAUUUUGGGCCGAAGUUCGGGAAGUACCUGCAGGAGAAUGGGGGGCCUGUGGCUGUUGCUGCUGGGGGGAAGUAAGACCCGGGAUUGAACGUUUGGUCCCUUCCGCUGUAAUAGAAUAUUUUAUCCCUGAAACAUAGCAUGUGCACUGACUCUUGCAUCGUGAAUUACGGUGGGUAAUUUCAUGAAAAUGCGGCAUGAAUCUGCACACACCAGACACCACUGUAUUCUGUUUGGCGAGGGUUGAAGGAGCUGAAUUUGGGUCUGGCCUCGGAAGAUGUGAGUUACCCAGGACACGAUCAGGUGUAUAUAAAAGCCAAAUAAGUUCAGCUGAGGGUAGAAUGGCGCCAAGUAUGAAAACAUCACAUU